AUGGUUUCGGCGAGCGGCGACAGCCUUCUUGAUCUCGGCCACCGUCAGCCUCUUUCUUGGUCCAACCUUUUCACGGUUUUCCUCCCCCCAGCAUUGCUCUAUUAUCUCACCAAUGUUCUCGCACUUCUCGGCCCAAAAACAUUUGUGGCUCGUCUGGCCUUGCUGCCCGUAACACUCGGCUUCGCGAUUAGAGCUGCUGUAUCCCUCGAUGUCGCAAGGGGACUUCUUCCCACGAAUCCAGGGGGUCUCGAAUACUUGAACCAAUUUCUUGCACUCGCCAUGCACACUGCCUCCACUCGAAGUUUCCUGCGCACAUUUGCGGCAACACCCACAAGACUCAAUCAUCAGUCAACAAACCUCUACGCUGAUGCGUUAGACCUCACCUUCAACCUCCGUGGUGUUGGUUGGAGCUUUUCUUCGAACAUGCAACUUCCGGUGGAAUACCGACCACUCACUUCGCGGUCCAUAUUUCUGGUUUCUGUUUUAAAAUCAUUGGCCAGCCAUAUUCUUGCGUUCGAUUUUUUCCACUAUAUCGCGCAAUCCCUUGGUCCAGAUCAUGUCGGCUCUACUGCUGGCUUCAGUAUCUUCGACCCCUCCCUACAAAACCCGCUUACGCGCCACCUCAACGCGUCAACUCUUACUCUCCUAGUAGGGAUCUGCAUUUAUGCGGCUGUCGAAAUCGGUCACCAAGUCCUCACACUUAUCCACGUCGGCGUAUUUCGCAUAUCACCUUCGGAAUGCCCACCGCUUUUCGACUCUCCCUGGUAUGCGACAUCGUUAACGGACUUCUGGGCCGUCAGAUGGCACCAGGUCUUUCGGCAAGAGUUCAUCGGAGUCGGCGGGAAACCACUCAGCCUAAUUUUCGGCCGCAUCGGUUUGGUGUUCGGCGCGUUUUUGGUCUCGGGCAUCCUGCAUUUCGUUGGCUUGUGGGGCAUGAACAAGGGCGCUGACACCCGCAUCAUAUUUUUCUUCUUGACGAUGGGUCUGGGCAUACUUGUCGAAGGGCUAUGGAAGUCUGUUUCUGGCUGGAGGGUAUGCGGCGUUGCUGGAUGGCUUUGGACUGCGAGUUGGUUGAUCGGCUUUGGUUUCCUAAUGACGGACCCGUGGUGUCAAAGCGGACUUAUUGGCAGUGUGUUCAUUCCCCACGAAUAUCGUCCUGCUGUGUUGCUUCAUAGACUGCUUGUGACUACGACAUAG